AUGUUGGAGGCUAAAACACAUGCUAUGGUUGACCAGUUGCUUCUAAAGGCCAGUGAAAAUGCAACUCAAGGGUCGUCCUCAACGACUGCCAGGUCUUCUGCCGACUUCACCCGGAUAUUCCAUCCCCGGUCUCAUUCUGCUAGAGAGACGAAUUCCACGAGUCAGUUCGAGUUGAAAGCGAAUGGGAUUCCUGCAAAGCCGAAUGAAGUAAUGCCAGCACUGGAACAAGCAGGUGAGUGCCCAAAACCCGUUGCUUCUCCGACCUUACUAUGGGCUAACUUGGAGAACAGGAGUUUAUCGUGCACAAUACAAUCCACCGUUGAGGACAAUAUGCUUCUUCGUCUUCACUUCUUAGUCUGGAGGCAAACCGUUGUUGCAACUCGAAUUCAGGUGGCAACCUUUGCAAAACGGCGUCACUGUCGUCUGAAACGUUCUGCAUUUCGAAGCUGGCGAAGUCUGUCGGUUGUAGCUCGACUGGAGAGUGAGUUAGAGAAGACCAAGUAG